UUGGGCAUUCAGGUUGAAAACCAUCAUCACUAUCCCAUAACGACUAUCACGUUACCUACUCAAAAUGUGACAACGCCAGAAGAGAUAUCCAACUUCAGCACCGUUGUACAUAACGAUGAUGAAGACCGAAGUAGCGUGUUUGGAAUUCCCUUUAAGAAGUACUCUACUUCAAAACUGGAUGCAAGAGAUCGCACUGCACAGGCUGCUGUUCCGGUAUCUAGUAAACCACCUUUAAGUUAUCGUGACGUAGCUGCUCGAAGCGAUCAAAUUGGGGGCAGCGAUGGAAGUUCGCUUUCGCAGGCGAAAAAGCUGCAGGCACACUCAGAGAGUGAAAAUCGCUCAGGCUUUUCCAAAAAAGGUGAAGUUGUAAGCACUAAUAGCUCGAAGGCUUGGAGAAUGAAAGCAGACCGCAAGACAAAAUGCGAGCAGUCGGUUGAGUUUCAAAAGAUUAUGAGGAAAAAGUUCAUAUUGAAGAAGGAUAAGACAGAAUUGAGUGAAUCCACGUCUCUUCCCAUCGUUAGCCAUAGUGCUGCAGUCGAUGCUCCAUCAAAGUACGAGGUUCUCCAAAAGCUUACUUCUAGGGCUUCUAAAGGAACUGUAAAGACUGAAAAUAUUUUAGUUGCUAAGCGUGAACGAGAACCUAUGCGAGCUGCUAUAGUUAGUGAGAGAUCAAGAUCCAGCUCUGUCUUUCCGGGAAAUGGUACGGAAACUGAGAUUGAUGUUGCAGCUCAUCCAAAGCGUAGUGUCGAAGUAAUGGAAAAAAAGAAACAAGCGUCGAUCGCUACAAGCAAUGGAAGCCAGCCACAACAUAGAAGACGUGCUUCGCGCAGACGCAACGAGAAUUGGUGGCUGGAUAAAACAGGUGAAGACUAA